AUGGCGGAAAACGAAAAUAGAGAGGAGGAGGGAUUAGGAGGAGAGGAACAGGUGGGGGAAGAGGGAGAUAAGGGGGGAGGAUUAAAAAACAAGGGGGAUGUAGCGAAAAAGAAGGGGAGGCCGACAAAUUUAGAAAGGCUGACUAGGGAAAGAACAAGAAGCAUGAAUAGCAUAGAAGAAAUGUUGAUAAGGGGAAAAAGGAAGGAACGAGAGCAGGAUGAGGAGGGGAUGGAGAUAAUGGAAGAGGAGGAGAUACUUAAAAGAAGCAGGAUAGGAAAGGGGUCUCCGGAAACGAAUGAGUGUAGAGGGGGCAAUUUGGGUAAAAUAUUAGAGGAAUUAGGAAAGCUGGGAAAGAAAAUAGAUGAAGGAAAGGAGGAGUUGAAGAAACAGAUAGCAGAUCUAAAAAAUAGGUGGGAGGAGGAAAGGAGAGAAAUGAGGGAUAGGAUAGAGUUGAUGGAAAAAAGAAUAGAAGACUUAGAAGAGAAAUUGGAGAAGGAGGGGGAUAAAAGGAGGGAAACUUUAAAAGAAGAGGGGAGAAAGGAAGGAAAGGAGGGGGCAGGGGGGAUAACGAGAAGAAUGAGAGAGGUCGAAGUAAGGUUAGACAAAAGGGAGAGGGAAUCAAGGAGAAAUAAUAUAAUAGUCAAAGGAAUUAAGAUAGGAGAGGGAAAGGUGGAAGAGACAAUAAAGGAGCUUUGGGGGGAAAUGGGUAUAGAAGAGAGCCUAAGAGAGGUAAGGAGAGUAGGGGGGGGUAGACAGAGAGGGGAGAGGGAUGAUGUUAGUAAAGUUAGGAAGCUUGGAGAGCAAGAGGAGAGUGAUGGAGGCAAAGAAGAGACUAAAAGGUAG